CGCGAGACCAGCGUGCGCGUGUCCGUGUGCUCGUGCGCGCGCCGUUCCGCAGCCCAGCUCCUGGCGGUCGGGAUCCGGCGGGUCGUUCCACAGAACUUGAUGCUGAGUGGGAACUAAGGGAUGAUGAUGAAGGUGCCCCUUCCUCAUGCAGGUGGAUGUGAGCACGUGGCAGGGAGAGCUGCAGUGCUGUGCAGGAAGGUGCCACGUCCACAGAUCCUGGUUCCCCGAAAGUAAGCCUACUUGUGUGAGAGAAGAAAGGUGUUCCUAGAAGCAGAAAUUCGUUCCUAGUGUAAAAGACCUCACACCAGAGCUUCGGGGCAGAAGCAGAGGCCACAGGACAGAACAAAUCUCAGACUUGCUAAUCAUCUUGCAAGCAGAAAUGACCAUGUUACAGGGGUCAUUCUCAUUUGAAGAUUUAUCAGUGGACUUCACCCAGAAAGAAUGGCAGCUACUGGACCCAUAUCAGAAGGACUUAUACAAGGAUGUCAUGUUGGAGAACUAUAGCAGCCUCGUUUCACUAGGGUAUGAAGUUAUGAAACCUGGUGUCAUCCUCAAGUUGGAGCAAGGAGAAGAGCCGUGGACAGGAGAUGGAGAAAUUGCAGGUUCAGACUUUCCAGAACAAGUCUUGCAAGUAAAUAAUCACAUGACUUGGCACAACGAUAACCAAGAGAAGCUUAAAAAUAUGAAACAAGACCAUGAAUGUGAUGCACUUGGAAAAAAUUUUAAUCUGAGCAUGAACUUUGCUCCUUUAAGGAAAUCAAACAAUGAAGGUGACAUAAGUGGAUUAAUUUUAAAACAUCAUUUAGAUUUACUUAUUCCAAAAGCAGAUUAUGGAAAAACGGAACCAGCUGACUUAAAUGUAUUUGAUAAAUUGUUUCUCCAUACCAAGACUGAGGAAGCUGAUACUUGGUUAAAAUACUAUGAAUGUGAUAAGUAUGAUAAAGCUAGCUAUAAGAAGUCACAUAUUAUCAUAUAUCACAGAACUCGUUUAGGGGAGAAGCUCUAUGAAUGCAGUGAAUGUAGGAAACGCUUCAGUAAGAAAUCAAGUCUCAUUAAACAUCAGAGCAGACAUGUAAGAGAAAUAGCCUAUGGCUGUGGUAAAUGUGGCAAAACCUUUCCCCAGAAGUCACAGUUUAUUACACAUCACAGAACUCAUACAGGAGAGAAACCUUACAAUUGUAGCCAGUGUGGGAAAGCCUUCUCCCAAAAGUCACAGCUGACAUCCCAUCAGAGGACACAUACAGGAGAGAAACCAUAUGAAUGUGGUGAAUGUGGGAAAGCCUUCUCCCGGAAGUCACAUCUCAUAUCACACUGGAGGACACACACAGGAGAGAAACCCUAUGGAUGCACUGAAUGUGGGAGGGCCUUUAGUGAAAAGUCGAAUCUCAUCAAUCAUCAGAGGAUUCACACAGGAGAGAAACCUUUUGAAUGCAGAGAAUGUGGAAAAGCCUUCAGCAGGAAGUCACAGCUUGUCACACAUCACAGGACCCACACAGGAACAAAACCUUUUGGAUGUAGCGAUUGUAGAAAAGCCUUCUUUGAGAAGUCAGAGCUCAUUAGACAUCAGACAAUUCAUACUGGAGAGAAACCGUAUGAAUGCAGUGAAUGUCAGAAAGCCUUCAGAGAGAGGUCCAGUCUCAUUAACCAUCAGAGAACCCAUACAGGAGAGAAGCCUCAUGGGUGUGUCCAGUGUGGGAAAGCGUUCUCCCAGAAGUCACAUCUCUUAUCACAUCAGAUGACACACACAGGAGAGAAACCCUUUGUAUGCACUAAAUGUGGGAAGGCCUUCAGUAGGAAAUCCCAGCUUGUCAGACAUCAGAGAACUCAUACAGGUGAAAAACCCUACGAAUGCAGUGAAUGUGGGAAAGCUUUCAGUGAAAAAUUAAGCCUCACUAAUCAUCAGAGAAUUCAUACAGGAGAAAAACCCUAUGUGUGCAGUGAGUGUGGGAAAGCCUUUUGUCAGAAGUCACAUCUCAUAUCACAUCAGAGGACACACACAGGAGAGAAACCCUAUGAAUGCAGUGAGUGUGGGAAAGCCUUUGGUGAGAAGUCAAGUCUUGCCACCCAUCAGAGAACCCAUACAGGAGAAAAACCUUAUGAAUGCAGGGAUUGUGAAAAAGCCUUCUCCCAGAAGUCACAGCUCAAUACUCACCAGAGAAUUCACACGGGAGAGAAACCGUAUGGAUGCAGUCUUUGUCAGAAAGCUUUCUUUGAGAAAUCAGAGCUAAUUAGACAUCAGAGAACUCAUACAGGAGAAAAACCAUAUGAAUGCAGUGAAUGUGGAAAAGCCUUCAGGGAGAAGUCAAGUCUCAUCAAUCAUCAGAGGACACACACAGGAGAGAAGCCCUUUGAAUGCAGUGACUGCGGCAAAGCCUUCUCCCGGAAGUCACACCUCAUACCACAUCAGAGGACGCACACAGGAGAGAAACCCUAUGGUUGCAAUGAGUGUAGGAAGGCCUUCUCUCAGAAGUCACAGCUUGUUAAUCAUCAGAGAAUUCAUACAGGAGAGAAACCUUAUCAGUGCAGUGAAUGUGGGAAAGCCUUCUCCCAAAAGUCACAGCUCAUUAAUCAUCGGAGAACUCAUACAAUAAAGAAAUCCUAGGAAUGGUGUUAACAUUAGUCUUUGACAGAGAUCUUAUCUUGUACUUCAGAGGAUGCAGUUAUGGUAAAUCUUCCAGAUAAUAGUCACAUCACAUUAUAUGUCUGAGUACCUUUUUAGGCUAGGAGCUCUAAAUGAGGUUAUGUAGGGAAAGCUUUGAGCAGAUUAAUGUGUUUAUUAUCAUAUAUUAGAAUUCAUAGAGGAGCAUGAUGCUAUGAAAUGCAGUGGAUUCCAAAAACCUUUCAAACCAUAGUAAAUCUUAUACAGUAGAGAAUUAAUAGCAAAGAAGAGUGCUGGGAGUAUCAGGAAGCCUUCCAGAGGUCAAGUGUCAUUAGCUGUCAGAAACAUUCCCACUGGGAAUGAAUCCUAUUCCAGUGAGUUAAGGAAAACUUCAUGAAUGCAGUAAGUGAGGUAAUAUUUUCAUCAAGAAAUGAAGCUCAUUGUACACAAGAAGAUUCCCUCAGGAAUGAAAUUCAAUGAAAAUACUAAAUAUGGACAGUCUUCAGCAGAAAACUUCUGGAAAGCUGGGACUAUCUUGUUUGUCUAUGUAAUUUUAGCAGCUGAAGCUUUCGUACAUAAAUGUGGGUGGCGUCAGUGGCUGUGUUUUCUACCACAUGGGGAAGCAUUGUCUGCGGUGAGAGAGGAGAGUGAAGACUCCGUGGAAGCAAAGUCCUGAGCAGCCUGGCUGAGCCCCACGAUCCGGUUCUUGUCCUGAUGUCCGGUUCAUCUCUGCCCUUUUCCUGCCUCGAUUGUUGGGUUCUGCUAUGAGACAUCCCAAACAUCCUUCUAAUAAAUCCCGUUUGCUACAGCUGCAUCACUUUGUGUUUGUUACUUACAACCCCAGUGCUCCUAACUAAUAGCGAGGUCAGGCUGUGUUGUAAGUUGGGGCUUCUGGAAGCAGAUACUGAGAUGAAGUUUGGGGUGUGGGAUGUUUAUUAAGGAUCAGCAUGAAGUGGUGGGAGAUUAAAAAGGAAAGGACUGGCCAGAGGAAGAAUGACUGUGGCUUGUGGGGCCUUGGCCAGGCUGGCGGGGCUCUGAAGCAGGCGUCACUCAUAGGAGCGUCUUGUGUUUGGCCAGGAUGCUCAGGCCCUCACAACACUGAGCUGUGUAUCAGGCUGCCCUGGAAAGCAUGUGACCUCAGGUGAAGCAGCUCUUUUCCCCUGAGGGCAAUUCUGGACAAGCUGGCAAGUGGGGGAGGGGUCCCUGCCGCUGGGCAGUAGGUGGUUCCCUGGAGAGGGGUCCGGGCGGUACGUCUCCACGAUUGCAGAAGAGCAGCCCUUCCCCUUGCCAGGUGUGUCUGAAGGGAGACACGAAAAGGGAACCCUCCUGCUUCAGUUGUUUUCUCUCAUCUGUCACCCAUUCCAGAUUCUCCUCACACAGCUGCCAUCCCUGCUGGUGUCAGUGUGAGCCAGGUCCCCAUUCCCGAGGGGUCCGAGUCCUGGUCACCAUGCUCUUCUCAGGCCAGAGCUGCUGCAUUUCUCCAGUUACCAUCACAAGUGGGCAAGGAAGCUCCGGGAAGCACCUCGGUGGGUCACCCUCAUCCACUCAGACUCCUCCUGGCUCCGGCGUAACAACAGCCCGUUCUCCCCAUGCUGUGUCAGACGCCCCUGCAGAGACUGUGGCUCCUCCCACCUGCUGGUCCCUGGGCACAAGGAGCAUGUCCCCAAGGAAAUGUUUCCAUUACCAUGGAGCAGACAGGGCUGUCAUAAUAUAGUUUGAAGAGAUCCAGACUAUCUGGACGUGCAUAGAACAUCCUCAUGCUCCAUCGGCGCAGUGGAAUCAUGCCAGGUGAGCAGGAUGUGCGGGAGGCGGCCAGCGGCUUGGAGACCUGAUGCACCACAUGCAUUCCAGAGGCCAGGCGACACCCCGUGAACGGUUAGCAACUUACCAUGAGAGGUAGCAUAGGACUCAUGUUUCUGUGGAUUAUUUAGGAACUUUGAGUAGGCUGGUUUUCUUGUAACUUACAUAUUUAUUGACACCAAGUUACAGGUAUUUUCUUACUAAUUUUGGAAGCUGUGUCUGUAGUUAUGUUGAAUUUUUCAUUAAUAUUAGUGAAUUCUCUUUUAUUCUUGUUCCACCUUGGCAGAAUUUUGUCUGUUUAUUAGCUUUUACAAUGAACAAGAUUUUGAUUAUGUUGCUCUGUCUGUACCUUUGUUUCUGUUGUUAAUUAGCUGAAAGCUGGACCUGGCAGAGGCCAAUACUGAAAUACCAGAAAUUCCGUGGCAUAAUAUAGGUAUUUAAGGACAUAUGAUUGUUGAUAUAGAUUUAUCAUGAGUAAUUCACUCACCAAUUCCCCCAAUUUUGACCCUAAAGAGGGACCAGAAGACACUUCUUUUAAGCAGGGCACUGAGAAACUGGUGGGUGAGGGGAGCCCUGGCAUUCUAGAAAAAUGUGCAUGUUUUGUGCCCCUCCCCACCCCAUACCAGCUCUAACCAUGGAUCUGCGGUUUUUUUGUGUCAUGCCGGGUCUAGAAUUUUUGAUAAACUGAAUCAUACAAUAUUAAAAAAUGUGCUUGUUGGCUAAGGGUGAAGAGGGAAGAUGCUACCAUUGAAGUGAGACUCCUGGUAUCAAAGGAGAGGGUAGGAUUCUGGGAUGGAGCAGCCCUGGUAGCAGAAUUUAGUUUUAAGAGGCCAGGUGGGCAUGUUACCGUGUUACUGAACACAAGUCCAUGUGCCUGACACACACUGAGACCAAACAAUACCAAAACAUCAGAGUUUGGAGCAGAGAAAGGUUUAUUGCAGGGCCAGCAGGGAAACAAGUGCCUCAUGCCUGAAAAACCCCGAACUCUCUGAAAGAUUCCAGCAAAGCCCAUUUAUAGGAAGGGUGAGGGAGGGGGUAUGGUUAGGUGCUGCACACUUCUUGGUGUCAGAUCCUUUGUUCUUGAGGUCAGGUCAUGAUGUCCCUGUAAACCUCAAACAAAACAAAUGCUGUUCUCUGUUCUGACAAGAAAGGAAAGUGGAGGCAUUAAAUCCUGUCUCCCAUGCCUCCUCGCAGCUUUUAACACUUAACAAAUCCCAUAAGCAAACAACAUCAUCACCCCUUGUUUUACAGUUCAAAGUCCCAACCCUCAACUUUUGCCCUCCAAGGUCCAGGCCCUGUCUAAGAGUAGGGGGUCCCUGCAUGGGCUGGUCACCCUGCCCAGGACUUUUCAUCCAGCAUCUAGUCUGGGUCCUCCCGCCAGUGCCCAGGCCUGGAUGAAGAGGCAGAUCUCAGCUGGCGGCUCCCUUGGGGCCGGGUCCCCAGACCCUGCCAGGCUGUCUGCUGAGAGAGCUGGGCGCCCAUGACCCAGCCUGCCCUCAGCCUAUCCCCCAGCCCCCAGCUCACUCGCUAGCCCCAAGGAUGGAGGGCCUGGAGGCCCCCAGGGGGAAGGCCGGGAUCUGCCUCUCACCACACUCUCUCUGACCCAGGACCCCUGCGAGCCUGAGUAUCGACCCAGUGGGACUUCUAACUGCUAAUGGUCCUGCGCUAAGGGUCUCACGGUAAUGCCCGCCCCGCCCCUACAAUAACUGCAGUGCGCUCAAGGUCAUGAUGGUAUCAGAAUUGCUGACCUACAGAAACCUUUGGAAGUGGCUGACCAUGGGAUCUUAAGGACCAAAAUAAAGGGACAGCUUAUGAAGGUCUUCUCUUUGUAAUAAAAAAUAUAGAAGCUGGAUAUCCUUGAGGAUAGACCCUGUCAUUGGGUCACAAGUAUAUACUGUACA